GUACUUGAUAUUUUUUUUUAUUUGUUUACGGUCACUGUAUUUAUGACUGAAGGUAGGAGGUGUCCAGGUAAAAUUAGAGCAUUAUUGCAAAUAAAUUUGAGCUGCAGGCGAGUUGUACUCUGUCUGUGUCUGUGUCUGUGUGUGUGUGUGUGUGUGUGUGUGUGUGUGUCUGUGUCUGUGUCUGUGUGUGUGUGUGUGUGUGUGUGUGUGUCUCUCGUGACAGAGAAGAGCCAUCAUUUCCUGGCUGCUGGUACAGAAGUGGGUGAGGAGACGUUAUCUUACAAAAGGAAGCCUUACAAGUGUGACCUGAUAGGCUGUCGAGCACCACAGGUUCCCGUGAGUAUUUCUUUCUCUUCUAUUGUUUUCUCAGGGAGGUAAAACCUCAACGAGAGGCGGAGCUGAGGUGAGCGCGACUACUCAUGAAACAAUGUGUUUUCUAACAAACUGACUCAACGUGUUGGGCAGAACUAGAGAAGAAGAAUCAGAAUAUCUCGUCUCCACGCGGAUCCGAUGUUUACCGGCUGAACUCAGGAGGAUAUUCUGCAUGUUUUUGCAGAAAACCUGCUCUAUGGACCGCUUGUGGAGGGCUCAUGAGCCUGGAUUUAAAUUAUGGGAACGUUUCCUCUUUUGACUUUAAAUGUGUUUUAGACGUUUUGGCACCGCGCUGGCAUUUGUUGCCGUCGUGGUGUUUCCACUGCUGCUGGAAUGUACCAUAUGCCACCUGAAGGAAGAUGGAAGUGGGAUCCAAGAUGAUCACGAUGAGGGGAAGUGUCCUGUGAAACUGACCUCAGUCCUGACCCCGGCCUCCAGGGACAUUUACUCUGAAUGUGUCACCGUCCGUGUCUGGAUGAAGGCUGAUGACUUCUGUAAAGCCCCGAAGAUUGAAAUUCUCUCAUCAGGACUGACGGAAGAAUUACAGAUAAUUAGUCCCAUCUUAAAGAAUAAGAAAAACAAAAUAAAGUGUCGCAAUGAGAGAAAGUAUGGAGGAACCUGCGUCAAGUGCACGGGUGUCACACAGCAACGCGGCGGAAGCAGUUCUGUAGCUCUGUGGGAGCUGGUACAUAAUUGUGUCGGGGCUGAAGCAAAGGCUGUUGUUUCUGCGGCCUUCAACACGACAUCAAGAAGCUGCAGUGUCAGUUACACAGUGCCAGAUCCUAUACCAGACUUUGAUCUGUCUGUGAACCAGUCGUCUAAAUCCAUCUCUGUCACUGUGGAGGCCGGAGACAAAGUUCACACCAGAUGGUGUUACCGGAAAUAUGGAAAGGCCUGCAUAGCAGAGGACUCCCCCCCAAUUACUAUUGAUCCGUCUCAGUCUCGAUUCGCUCUUCUUGACAUCCCUUACCUGCUGCCCUGUGUGUGUGUGGAGGUAUAUUACGCCCGCACAGAUUCCGGGCGAAAUGUAAAGUGCCCAUUUGAAAAUGAGAGCCUAUCAGAUGUCAGAGAUAUUUGGCUCUCCUCUGAAGUCACACUGCAUGAGUCUAGUUUGACGUGGAGCUCGUUGUGCUCUGCCAGUGACCUGAAGAUCUCUGCCUCCCUCUGCUGGAGGCAACACGAGCACCUCUGCACACCUGUACUCAACUCCACCCUGGAGGAGACGGACGAUGGACCAGACCUGGUAUAUAACACAUCUGCGGUGGACAAACACCCAAAGAUGUGUGUGCAGUUUUCUCUACAAGGCAGCCAUCAUAUCUCUUGCCCGUUCUAUGCCGAUAUGUCCUCGUGGGAGGUGAAUAUCGGACCGGGCAGGCAGAGUGUGUUUUUGUAUCUCACCUCUUCUGUUCCUGCAAAGUUCUCAGCUCAACUUUGUGUCCUCAAUCAGAGGGGAUGUACACCCGUGGGGCCGGUCCACUCAGUGGUGACGAUGGAAGGGAAUUCUGCUGAAACAACGAUGAAUGUGCCUCUUCACUUUCUUGCUGAGAAGCCGUGUGUGCAGGUGUGGCAGUCAGAUCCUGCUCGUCAUGGUCGAAGAGUUUUCUGUCCGGACUACACGCACAACAGAUGUGGCAUGUAUGCCGUGGCAGCGUUGGUGUUUGUGGUUAUUGUUGCAUUACUGGGAAUUGUGAUUCAGCGUCUCACCAAGAGUGGAGCUGCAGGUUGGCUCUCCAUCCAGGAGCCAGUGUUGUUGGUGUGCUCAUCAGAGCAGUCAGCCCACAUCUCUGCUGCGUGUUCAUUAGCCUCAAUCCUGCAGGGAGAGCUCAGUGCCAAAGUGCACAUGGCUUUGUGGGCCCAAAGCUCAAAAACGCAGGCUGGGACUGGGACUGGAGUAGCAGAUCUGGGUCCACUUCCCUGGCUGUAUGGGCAGUGGGAAGUGGUGCGUAAGGCACGAGGAAAAGUGCUGAUUAUUUGGAGUCCUGAAGCCACGAAGACCUAUGUGAAGUGGAGGGAGGACAGGGCAAACAUGGAUAAGAAUGAGAGAAAAAUGGAAGAUUACAGCAAAGCAGAGGUGAGGCGUGAGAAAAUAAGAGUAGAGGUGGAAGAUGAUUUGAAAUUAAAUGGAAGAAGACUGGGGAAAUGCAAAAAAGAGAAAGCUGCAGGAUGUGUGAAAUUAUGCGAUGAUAAAGACUGGAACAUCCAGAGAGAGCCCUCUGCGGCGAUAGCGCCGUUGUUUACGGCUGCUCUGGCCUGCCUAGAGGGGGUGCUGCAGGAGGGCAACAGUCAAGGAGUGGGCCUUGUCUACUUCCAGGGCCUUUGCCACAGAAGGGACAUCCCAAAGACCUUCAGAGGGGUCCCACGAUACUGCUUACCUCAGGAUUUCAGGGGUUUGAUACAGGAGCUGGGUGGAAUGAGAAGACAGACAGAAACUGGUAAAUUCAGGUGGCACUGCUGGCCCAGACUCCUGUCUAAAGUGCUGUCGAUAUGGCUGGCACAGAAGCUAACACACAGACUGCAGACACUGCUGCCGCAGACGCGAGGAAAGACAAUGCAAGGGCCGGGUGUCACGUCAUCUCUGAACACGCCGUCGGUUAAGACUCGGAGCAGGCUCAAGUUGCCGCUGGCAGCCAACUUGGCAAGACCAGGAGCUGCAACAGAGCAGGAGCCUCUCCGCGAGUCGCCAUGGCGAGCAGAGAAACUGUAAUCUCAAGUUUCACGUGUCUGACGGGGACAGACGUUUGUUCUGCUGGAAACACGAUACGUAUGCAUGAGACACGGGAGCUGGUGCUGCAACUGUGAGUGCCUCAGAGCCGAUCGCUCCCGAGCAACUUUUCAUUAUUGACACCAUCAUGUUAAAGAAAAUGCCGCCACCUCGUUUUGCAUGUUAAGAAUAGAUAAAUACUGUCCUGCAUUUAGCCCUUAAAGAGGCUCCUCAUGGUGCUUUUGUGACUGAAGCCGUAGUGAACACCUGCCUUCUCAUCUGUAUGUAAAUCUGCUAACCAAUAUGAAAAUCUGUUUGCAAAUUGUAGCUCACUUUUCAUGGGUGCAUUUAAUGUUUGACAACUAACAUCAGGGGUUAUGACUGCAGAAUACAGGAACAUGCAAAUUUGCUUUGGAUUUUAUAAAUGGGGACGUUGAGCCAAAGCUGUACCAAGAUUUCCAGUGGGAGAGAGGCGACAGGUGGAAAGAUUAAGCAACUGGCAUUUAGGUGCGCUCGACCAUUUGCCAGUUAAAUCAUGUGGUCAUGUACUACUACCACUGCCUUUUAGUAUAGAAGACCUGUUAUUACAUAUGUGCACACAUACUACCUCGUAAAAACAAAGUAUAAAUCCCUCAACAUUUCUUCUUUCUUUCAAGCGCUUCUUUAGCAAACAUUUGAUUGGCAUUAAAACAUGUUGUAUGGAAGAUAAUAAAAUGCUUUUUAAUAUAUUUUAAUAUACAGUAUAUACAAUUCAUUUAUAAUAAUGGAAAUGACAAAAAUGUGUUGACAAACAAUGGCCGAGACUAAACAGUGUUUAUGUUAACUAAAUCUGUUUUUUCAGCAUUCAGAGUCUCUGUUUUCUAAGCGUCACGUGUUUUCUUAAACCCAUAAAGAUGUUCCACUGGUUAUGAUCACAACAUUGAUACGACUCCAGACUUCUGAGCUGAGAGACCUGCUUGACAGGAUUACUGUCAUACACAGUAGAUUAAACCUUGGAACGUCACAUUACUGCCAAAACAGCAAGUUGAGUAAAGACUAAUCUCAUGGUAGAACAGUAACUUCCUCUGAUGUGAUUAAUGAAGCAACACAGACCUACGUUUUCUUGGGCUGACAAAACAAAAUAUACAUGAUGUAAAUAUGAGAUGUGAAUCACAAGUAGCAGAACAUUUUACAGCCUCAAUUUGAAUUCUAGGAUCCCC